GCAUUGCGCACCGCUUCACAUUCCGGUGAUCUCCAACUCCCUCCCCGGCUGACCGAGAUUGUCAUAACCACUUCACAUCAGGCACUCGCCGGAGAUACACUGCCUAGGAACGCCCGACGAACGCAGCGUCAGCCUGUCACAAAUAAAGCGCCGUCAUCGUCAUGUCCUCUGGAAAGGAUUUCGUCCAUGGCGUCCUAGCGCCUUUGGUGGCCACCAUAGCUUCGCCGGAGGCGGACGCCCUCGCAAAGCUGAAUGGUUUGCACUCUAUAGCGGAGCUUCUCCGACCUUUCGGGGAUAGAGUGGGACAAGCCCAGGUGUACGAUGUCCAGAUGCAUGCCUAUAUGGUUGACCGCUUCCAAGUGCGCUUCAGGGACAUCAGGCAACUCGAGUCGUAUGGAAGUGAUGUUAUCCACAGAACUGUUCUGGCAUACCUACGCGACCGGGGGAAGGACAAACCGUCGUUGCCUGUCCUGAGGGAUAAAGAUGAUGUUCCGCCAAAUGGCAAGGUUGCGGAGCUUACUCCAUGGUACACGGACUAUCGGAACUGCGUAUGUAAAUAUACUGGGAUUUCGGAACAUGAGACCUUCAAUCAUCCAGUGGCAUAUCUUUGCGUUGUGUCGACGACAAACCCCGAUCCGAUAGCAGCCGCCCAGCAGCUUGUUGGAGAGAUUCAAUCAAUGCACGUCACGGAGAGACCUUACUUGGACCCUGCGAUACCCAAGUACUUCCUUCUGCUUCACGAUAGCUUUCUGGCACCUCACGUUAACGCAGAGGCAGUCUUAUUACGACUGAAGAACUUUGCGCCAAACUCAUUUCUCGCCCGCAUCAACUCGAUCCCACACUCCCCAGUCUCUCUGACAGAACUGCAUCCUAGCGAGACACCACCGGCGCGAGCGGUUCCAGAUAUCUGGACAGGAACCGAUGCCGAAUUCCAGAAGAUAUUGGAGCAAUUGGAGAUUGCGGCGCGGAGGACCUCGAUGGCAUCUGUCGCAUCGGGAAAGGAUUCCCUCAUGUCGCCGAUCACAGACGAAGGAUUUCCGAUAUAUAAAGAGAGAAACGAGCAACAACCAGCUACGGCCGGUGGGUUACCGACUCCAGGACAUGAGGCCACCGCAGAUAUCCCCUUUUUCCCGCCCGCUGGCUUCUUGACCCAGGAGGAUGUCAACGCACUGGACAUGUUCACGAGGUCCCUGGUGACGCAAAAACUGAUCAAGCAUAUGGAGGCGUGCAUGCAGCAGUGGAACGAGCAGGUGGCCGCCAACCGGAGGACGCUUACAGGGCGGCUGAAUCGACUUGGCAUGAAGUAUUUCGGCGGCAGUGGGAAAGCGCAGGGCACCUCCCCCGUGCCAGUCACCGACAAGACUGGGACGAUGAUGUUCCCACAUAAUGCCCCGGAGAUGGUUAUGCGCCGGUUGGCAGACUUUGCGUUUAUGCUUCGAGACUACCGCCUUGCUUUUCAAACCUACGACUUAGUGCGGAAAGACUUCCAGAACAAUGAUAAACUUCUGAAAUAUCAUGCAGGGACCCAAGAACUGUUGGGCCUUACGUCGGCCAUCUCGGAGGGGGUUGGGAAGGGUUCCCUGGAAACGUAUCUAGACGCUGCCGUGGCUGGCUACACGGACAGCAAUGCUUCACUGUACUCUACGCGAGCAGCUAUGCUUCAUUACGAAAUUCUGGCGCAGAAAGGACUGAUCCGCGAUGCAGCGCCGUUGCUGAUCAGGAUGACUGGCGAGGAUUCGGAUCUUCGGAGUGCAUUAUUUCUGGAACAGGCGGCUAUGUUGUUCUUGCAAGUGCAGCCGCCCAUGGUUCGGAAGUACGCAUUCCAUCUCAUUCUCGCCGGACAUCGCUUCAGCAAAUGCGGGCAGCGGAUACACGCGUUCCGAUGCUACAAUGGGGCGAGAGCAGUAUAUAACGAGCGCGACUGGGCACUUGUGGAGGAUCAUAUCAAUUUCACGCUCGGCCGUCAAAGCUUCCAUUUGGGUGACUUUCAAUCCGCCGUAGGCUUCUUCCUCAAGUUGCUCAGAGCGAGCCGGCAAUCGCAGAUGCAACAGAGCGCCUACCUGCGGGAGUUCCUCUACCUAUAUGGCUACGCAGCUAAGGCAUCCGAGCAGAACGUCAAAAACCUGCCGGCUCUACCUAUUCCGAUCAUCGACCUUUGGUCCACGAAUGUGUCCUUGCUCGAGGCGCACUCCGGGCAACCUAAACAGGUUGCAAACAUGGACGAGACGUGGGAAACGAUGGAAAACGAGCUUUUUGAGGAUGGGUUUAAGAAGAGUGGUCUGCUACAGCCUACGCUCUCGCUUGCUAACAAAGGGAAAACAACAUGUGCUGUUGGAGAACCGGUUUUUGUGACGUUCGAAGUGCGGAACCCCAUGGAUAUCCCAAUACAGAUCAACAAUGUUCAUCUCGAAUGUAGCUUCGGCGGAGGUCCUCCAAUCGUUAGCGAUUUGCGGUGGAUCGCGGAUAGCCAGUCGCCUCUUAAGGUUGAGCAUCCCCAGUAUGACGUCGAGAAUAUACCUGAAGUAGCCCUUGGUGAUCGGGAGAAGAAACAGGUGCAGUUGCGCAUCUUUCCCAAACAGGAAGGCGAGAUCAGGAUCCUAGGGAUCCGCUACACCCUCUGCGGCGUCGUCCCCACCACACGCGAGUUCCCUGCGAAAGGAAAGGGUGGCAAGGACGUGGUCUCGCAGCUCUCGCUCACCGUGACCUCACCUAUGCCAGUCUUGGACGUCAUAUUCCACUCCUUCCCGACUGCAAUUCUAUCGGGGCAAGUAUCCCAGGUGGUUCUGGAGAUCAACAACAAGGGGAACCGCGGGUUGAGGAAUCUGCAGCUCAAGACCAGUCAUCCGAGUUUCUUUUCCGUUGGCAACAAUGAUGGAUUGGACGCUCCCGUUUACGGGCAAGUCGAUGCGGAAACCGCAGGGAUGUUCCAGGAGACUAUGAAGUGCCCGAACCUCCUUUUCAACCUUGGAACGACUCCCUUCCAAUUACCCAUCAAAGAGGGCCAACCCAACGAUGAGGAGCGCGUGCUGGGCGCGGGCAUGACCACAAUAAUCCCCUUGUGGAUACGCGGCGAUAAAGUUGGGAAGCAGAACUUCCGCUUCUUGUUUGGAUAUCAGUCUGAGGACAAGCGUGAUAAAACCAGUUAUCGGACACUACGAUACAGUGUUUCGGCGAAUGUGCUGCCAUCCUUAAGGAUCAAUGCUUUCACAAGGCCGAGCGGAAAAACGCUGGACGAGUUCAUUCUCGGCAUUGAGAUCGAAAAUCUCAGGACAGAGGGCGACUUGGUUUUGAGGCAGCUAUCCUCCAUAAGUCCCACCUGGGCAAUCCACCCGAUUGCCAGCAGUCAGGAUUCAGCGGAAUCCUUCCGAGUAGGCUCUCAGCAAGUGGCCUUCAAGUACUAUCGUUUCAAGCGGGCGUCCUCAGCACCAGUGGACCAUGCCAGCAUUCCAGAGAUCUUAACAUUGCGCGCCAUAGAACGAUUGCUGCUGAAUGAGACGUCUAUCAAGCUGAACGCACCUGAUCUGGAUCUAUACGUGUCAAGCUUGGGACUGCAGUCGGGAACGGCUGUCUCAUGCAAUACAAUACCUUUCCGAGGCCUAACGGCAAACUCUCGCCUCCAAUGGCGGCUCACUUAUCUCCAAUCCCUCUACCCAGGGUUGACACCUAAACAGCUACGCGAGCUGUUCACGUUCUACUUCACCGAUGACGUCGACCUGUCCUUGGUGUGGAGCUUACCCGAUGGGAGAAUCAGCGGACACCAGUAUGUGAUGGGCAUCAACCUGGGCAUGCAAGCGCCGUUGCAAGGACUGCAAGCGGGCCUGGAGCCAUUGGCUACGGCGGCUAAGGCUGCUGCUGGGAAGGCACUGUUCGAGACCACUGUGAGAGAGAAGCGGGCGUUGAUCACAAGUUUACUGAAAUCACGGGGGAGGGAUAAUGGGCCGAUGAGAGUUAUUCUGAAGGCUGGGUCUGAAUUCCAGCACGAUUUUGACUCGGGAGUCUGCAUCGUGCCAAUCUCAGUCGAACUGCGCAACACAUCAUGGGCAAACGCCGCCAACUACCAUCUUCGCAUCGCCGCAGACCUCGACACCAACGUCGACUCCAAGGGGGACCAGAGCAAACCAGAGCCAGGCCGCGAGAUCGACCAAUCUGGACGGUACUUCAUCGGUUCCACAUCUAUUUCGGGAAGCUUGAAACCCGAAGAGGAGACCACGCUGACGUUCAACGCCUGUUUCGGGCAACCCGGCGUUUACGAUGUCAACAAGUGGCAUUUGAAUGUGUCGAUAGAGCCUCUGACUGCCAAGCGGAACGAGGGGGUGGAGGGGACAGACAGUAAAGCGACGUCGUAUGUACAGACGCCGAGUUUACCGCAUUGGGUCACGGUUCUUGGCAGGUAGUAUAUAUGCAAAUGGCGUGGCAUCUUGGCAUCUGAAUCGUACAUCAUGUAAAUACUGCGGCAUCAUGCCUCCCCACCUAUGAGCUUGAAUCUCUUCGCCUCCGGGUUACUGUUGGAUGCUACACAAAAGAGAAAACGAUGGCUUGCGACCUUCACAUUUUAUUG